AUGCAGGAUCUAGCCGGUUUCCACAGGAACUGUGUCGCUGCCAGCCCUGUUCAUCACGUUGUCAGGGUGGAACCAGGUUCCCGAAACAAAGAGCUGAGAAGUGAGGAGAAGAGGUUUGUGGAGGAGAAGAGAAAGGCACUGCUGACAUUCAGGGAUGUGGCCAUAGAGUUCUCCCAGGAGGAGUGGAGAUGCCUGAACCACACUCAGCGGCAACUGUACAGGGAUGUGAUGUUAGAGAACUACGGACACCUCCUCUUCCUGGGUUUCGUUCUGUCAAAGCCAGACCUGAUGAUGUUUUUGGAGCAAGAGAAGCAGCUCUGGGAUGUGAAGAGAAAGGAGACAGUAGCCUUUCAUCCAGGUAGGUGGGAAUGA